AAUGCAGGAGAACUAUGAGACGGUGGUCUUGCUGGGGUUUCCAGUUUCCAAACCUGAUGUAAUCUCACAGCUGGAACAAGGGGAAGAGCCGUGGGUCCCAGAUCUCCAGGGCUCUGAGAAAGAAGUGCUGCCAAGAGCUGCCUGCACUGGAAGUGACCUAUGUCUGGAUCCUCUCUCUCUCCCAUCGGGUGAUGGGAGGGUGAGUGAGAACGAGGAGAAACCCCAGCAGGAAGGUGCUGAGCAAAUAGAAGCACAUGGGAUGUUAUCAGGAAGAUCCAAAGGGAACGAUUCCAGGAGUUGUGCACUGCCAGCAAAAGCAAAAACCUCUGAGAGUCAGCACAGGCCAGAGGAAAACUUCAGUAGCCACUCAGACCUUAUUAAAUGUGAAAGAAUUAACUUGGAAGAGACACGCUACACAUGCCAUGAGUGUGGGAAAAGCUUCAGUGUGAGCUCUGACCUUCUCACACAUCAGCGAAUCCACAGAGGAGAGACGCCCUACACAUGCUCUGAGUGUGGGAAAAGCUUCAGUUAUAGCUCGCACCUUAUUAUACAUCAGAGAAUCCACACUGGAGAGACACCCUACACGUGCUCUGAGUGCGGGAAAAGCUUCAGUCAGAGCUCAAACCUUAUCACACAUUACAGAAUCCACACUGGCAUGUCACCCUACAGAUGUUCUGAGUGUGGGAAAAGCUUCAGUCAUAGAUCAGCCCUUAUUAGACACCAGGGAAUCCACACUGGAGAGACACCCUACACGUGCUCUGAGUGUGGGAAAACCUUCAGGCUUAGCUCAGCCCUUACCAUACAUUGGAAAAUCCACAGUGGAGAGACACCCUACACAUGCAAUAACUGCGGGAAAAGCUUCAGUCAUAGCUCAGCCCUUAUUAGACACCGGAGAAUCCACACGGGUGAGAUGCCCUACAUAUGCUCUGAGUGUAGGAAACCCUUCAGGCAUAGCUCAGCCCUUACCAUACAUUGGAGAAUCCACAGCGGAGAGAGACCCUACACAUGCAAUAACUGCGGGAAAAGCUUCAGGCAUAGCUCAGCCCUUAUUAGACACCAGAAAAUCCACAUGGGCGAGAACUGUAACAAAUGCCUUGACUAGGGCUGGCUAAAGAUUUUUUUUUUUAAAAAAUCACAUUUGCUAAUUCCCACAUAGUGAUCUCUGCACCAUUUUCACCGUGGUCUCUCAGCUCCCCCAGAUGAGUUGCCUGCUUCUGCCUUUUGCAGCUCACCCUUCUUUAGGGUCAGUCCUGUGAUCUUUUCUAUCAACUCCUUUCCUUUUGCGUCAUAGGAGCGUGUGUCCCUCCAGUCAGGAAUGUUCAUCAGCUCUAGGUGGGGGAGAGAGGUUUGAUCCUAACAAGCUACACUGAGGCAAAAACUACCUGUGCCUUACAUCCACUAGGACUGUACAUGGCGUUGGCUGCUCAAGUUAGUGAUCUUGGUGUAAAAAGACAAUCAUAGUUGUAGUGCAGAUGCAGCCCAGGUGCAGGGUUUGGCAUUAGCUUUCCCCUUGACCUGACCUAAACUCCAUGACUUUUCCUAGUCUAAACAAACCCUGAGCAUCACGGUUAUACUGUCCCCCCAUUUCAAAGCAAUUGUUAGUCAUCAAGUUUCCCCUUCAGGAACAAAUUAUCUCAUUCCCAGUUGCUCUGAUGUUGCUUCAGGUGGUGCUGGAGAGCAGAUAUUUCUACCACUGUUUUCCUCACUUAAAAUAUAUUAAACUAUAACAAAGAGCAGGAACAGGACAGGGAUAGGAAAAAAUGUCAUUUCACCCUCUGUAACAAAAGAAGAAGAUAGGGUACGUCAGAGGGAUUUCCUUAUUCCCCAUCACCAUCCCAAUCCCCCUGUUGUUCAAUUGGUUAGGUCAAUAUUUUUUCUAAAUGGCUGGGAAGAGGAUUCCCUAGUAAAUGACUUGCAACUAAGCAAAAUAUCCAUGCAUUUGCCUCCCAAAGCAGUUGUGGCCCAGGCCCUGCAGGAGGUCGCCCCUGAAGAUAUCUCCUUCCUAAUCAGGUGCAUGUUGCCUAUUAUUUGGGAAAUGCAAUCUAUAGCUAGGUAGGGAUGGGAAAAAUGGAAGUGACAUUUCUGUUCAGCUCACCCCUGGGAGGAGAUACUGUAAAUGUGUAGAAAAUGAAAUCCAUGUUGAAUGUGAUACAGCUGCAGAAAGAAACCUAUUUUUAAUAGAUACCUGACAUUUGGUGUCUUACAGGGUUUCUAAACCACACCUGAAUUUAGUCCCUAAUUUAAAUCUGUGCCACCAGAUUAAAGAAAUAAAAGGGCAUAUUUGGGGAGUUAUACCUCACUAUUGCUACUGAUAUGUUGGGUGGUUGGUGAAGAAUUCUACACCAGAGAAGUGUAAAAUUACUCCAAGUAAGGUCAAAGAUUUGACAAGAAGUCAGGUAGAAAUUGCAGGUACGAGUGGUUGAUUUUUCACCCCAGAGAUGGAAGCUAUGGUGACUGUGGCCCAGGUAAACUAUUUUUAGAAUAAAGAACAGGAAUACUUGUGGCAUCUUAG